CAGCCUCAGAAAAAGCACCCACCCAGGAGUAACUGGAGAGAUCUAUGCAACUGGCAGCCUCCCAGUGAAGUGAAUUGUUUUGAGCCUGAGGCUCCAGCCAAUAUGAAAGUGCAUCUUCAAAUCAUCAUCUGCGGGUGUGUUCUAGCCACAGUCCUACCGCUGGUCAAAGGCACAGUCCUACCGCUGGUCAAAGGCACAGUCCUACCGCUGGUCAAAGGCACAGUCCUACCGCUGGUCAAAGGCACAGUCCUACCGCUGGUCAAAGGCACAGUCCUACCGCUGGUCAAAGGCACAGUCCUACCGCUAGUCAAAGGCACAGUCCUACCGCUGGUCAAAGGCACCAAAGUUGACCUCAACUCCAACAUGAAAAAGAGAUUUGGAGUCUGGUUACAGAGCCGCACAAGAGAAGAUUUCCAAAGCAGCUCUGCAGUGAACUCAGGGAUCCUCAGUGGACCAGGGCAGAGAGAGGAAACAGACCCCUCAGUAUUUCAUUCCAGGUCCAGAAGAUCCAUUGUGACCUCAGUGAAAAGACCAGGCUGUUCUCUGGGUACAUGCAGCCUACAUGACCUGGCCCAUCGGCUACACAUCCUCAACAACAAGUUAAAGGUCAACAGAGCCCCGGAGGACAAGAUCAGCUCACAGGGUUACGGUCGCCGCCGCCGCAGGUCCCCACAGUCACUCCCACAGCGCUACGCAACGCUAAGUCUCCAAGCAGGCAGAGUGAGACUGAACUGCAGCAGAGAGUGCAACCAAGGACUCCACCUACAGGCCAUCCCUCUCAGACAAACUUGAGACGGGCAGAGAACAGGAAGAGGAGUGUCGAUCUAGCGAAUAUCAAGCACUUUUUUUAAUGUUUGGGGCUGGCUGAGAUAUUACUGAGGUUCUAUUCCUGAGCAUUCCUUUCCUGCGUGGGGAAAAGGAUGGACAAGAUCAAUGGAGCAGGAAACAAUUUUCACGCCACUGGAUGGAAGAUAGAGGGGCGCAAGAAGCUCAGGAGACAUUCUCUCACCCCUGUGGCGGCAUAGAAAGAGAGGCUUGGUUGAACACUGACGCUCCAAACCACACCACUGCACUAGGGCUAGGACUAGAGCUUAACCUCUAGACUAGAUUGGGGCUGGGACUAGAGCUUAACCCUUGGACUAGACUGGGGCUGGGACUAGAGCUUAACCCUUGGACUAGGCUGGGACUAGAGCUUAACCCCUAGACUAGACUGGGGCUGGGACUAGAGCUUAACCCUUGGACUAGACUGGGGCUGGGGCUAGAGCUUAACCCUUGGACUAGACUGGGGCUGGGGCUAGAGCUUAACCCUUGGACUA